AUGAGAACAAGGAGAGGAGCGUGUUAUUCUAGAAUAGUGUCAAGGAUGUGUUCCGAUGUCAGGAUUGCCAAGAAAAACAAGGAUCUACACAUGCAUAUGCGUAUGCAUGUCGCUGGAGAUUCCUUUAUUUAUAGCCGGAAAAGACAGAAGAAGACGCCGGAAAAAACUGUUACCGAUUACGAUUUUCUCGAGUCUUUACCGGAUGACCUUGUCAUCUCUAUCUUCUGCAAGCUUAGUUCUACCGCCACCAAACCUUCCGAUUAUCUCAAUGUUUUAAUCACAUGUAAGAGAUUAAACAAGUUAGCACUCCAUUCGCUUGUUUUAUCCAGAGUCUCUCCCAGAGCUUUCACUAUUAGAGCCAGAGAUUGGUGCGAUUCAGCGCACCGUUUCCUCAAACACUGUGCGGAUGCCGGAAAUGUUGAAGCUUGCUACACUUUAGGCAUGAUUCGGUUUUACUGUUUGCAAAACCGAGGGAGCGGCGCGUCGUUAAUGGCGAAGGCCGCGAUUAAUUCUCACGCGCGUGCGCUAUACUCGCUUGCCGUGAUUCAGUUCAACGGCAGCGGCGGAACCAAAAGCGACAAGGACUUACGUGCCGGCGUGGCGCUUUGCGCGAGAGCGGCAUUUCUCGGCCACGUGGACGCGCUGCGCGAGCUCGGCCACUGCCUGCAAGACGGUUACGGCGUGCGGCAGAACAUAGCCGAGGGACGGCGGUUCCUCGUGCAGGCCAACGCACGGGAGCUCGCGGCCGUGUUGUCCACAAGCGCCGCCGCGCGCCACUGGCUGACGUGCAACCUGCAGCCGCAGCUCCGACAGGGGACCGGAUCUCCGUUACUCAGCGAUUUCGGAUGCAACGUGCCGGUGCCUGAGGUGCAUCCAGCCAGCCGGUUCAUGGCGGAAUGGUUCGCCGCUCGCGGCGGUUCGCCCGGACAGGGGUUGAGAUUGUGUUCGCACGCGGGGUGCGGGAGGCCCGAGACGAGGAAGCACGAGUUUCGAAGGUGUUCUGUAUGUGGCGCGGUGAAUUACUGCUCACGCGCGUGCCAAGCGCUUGAUUGGAAGUUCCGGCACAAGGCGGAGUGCGCCCCGGUGGAGCGGUGGCUCGAGGAGGACGGAGAAGAUGUCGGUGACGAUGAUAGUGACGGCGAGGUAAUGGUUAUGGCGGAUAGUUAG